AUGGAAUCAAAGGUUGACAACAAAAAAGAGUAUUCUAGCGAUGACGAUGAAGCAUCACCGCGAGCCGUACUAGACACCCCUGAGUCAGACAACAGUAGAAGCAGCAGUUUCAGCUUUGAUUCAUUGGAGAAGUCACCUUCACCGCCGCCAAUAGAAAAAUCAGAUGGUGGAAAAGAAAGCCAAGUGCAGCAAUGGAAAACAAUGGUGGAUGUUUUUAGGUUUAAAUCAGUGAGAAAAUUAACGGCUAUUCCUCUGUUUACUAUGGCUACGAACGAAAUAACUAGGAAAGGUUUCGGUAAGAAAUUGGCUCGGAUUCGAAGUGCGGAAGAAGAUAUUGAUAUUGGGGCUAUUCCUACCAAACCUUCUUGGAGGAACUUUGAUUAUGCAGAACUUGCUGCUGCUACUAAUGAUUUCAAUUCUGAGAACUUGGUUGGAAAAGGUGGUCACGCUGAAGUAUACAAAGGACAAUUAUCAGAUGGUCAAGUUGUAGCUGUUAAGAGACUAAUGAAGAACGACAAGGAUUUCGCCGAUAGAGCAGGCGAUUUCUUGACUGAGCUUGGAAUCAUCGCGCACAUAAACCACCCCAAUGCAACACACCUUGUUGGGUUUGGUAUCGAAAAAGGCCUCUACUUUGUCCUACAAUUAGCACCAUAUGGAAGCCUUUCUUCUUUGCUCUUUGGUUCUGAAUGCUUAGAGUGGAAGACAAGGUACAAGGUAGCUAUCGGAGUAGCCGAUGGAUUGGAUUAUCUUCAUAAGGAUUGUCCGAGACGAAUCAUUCACAGGGACAUCAAAGCCUCCAACAUAUUACUCAAUGAUAAUUAUGAAGCUGAGAUAUCUGAUUUCGGACUUGCAAAAUGGCUCCCAAAUAAUUGGGCACACCAUGUUGUUUUUCCUAUAGAAGGAACAUUUGGAUAUUUGGCUCCGGAGUACUUUAUGCAUGGUAUUGUGGAUGAGAAGACUGACGUGUUCGCGUUUGGCGUUUUGCUACUAGAACUUAUAACAGGUCGUCGCGCAGUUGAUUCAGAUAGUAGACAAAGUCUUGUGAUUUGGGCCAAGCCACUGCUUGAUUCAAACAAUGUCAAGGAACUAACAGAUCCCAGAUUAGAAGAGAAUUAUGAUCCUAUUGAAAUGAAGCGUUCCAUGGCGACGGCUUCCUUGUGCGUCCACCAUUCAACCUCCAAGCGUCCGUUCAUGAAACAGGCUGCGCGGCUAUUGAAGGGCUUGGAAACAAUUUUAGAUUCCAAGCAGAACACAGGUUCCUCAAAAUCACUCAUGUUAGAGGCAUGUGACCUAGAGGAUUACACUUGUUCAAAUUACUUGAAGGACCUAAACCGCCAUAGGGAACUAAUCAUGGAGUGA